UGUGUGCAGUAUCUCACCCACAGAGAGGAACUGUGGUUCAUACCGAGGUUUGCUCACCUACCAAGUUAUCCUCCCCUAUCUAUUUCUCCUUUUUCCCUUGUAGACUAGUGCAUCUCCUUUCAGAUGAUUGAUCUGUCACCUACCUGCAGCUGAUCUCCCACACUGCAGCCACAACAUGAGCAUAAGGAAACUGAGUUUCAAGUGGUUUGGUAGCCUCACCAACCUCUCCUUUCGCCGCUCCACUGAAAAAUCUGACUCCAAGACCUCUCCGUCCAAGUCUGGAGCAGGAUGUGUACCUGGAGAUGGCAAGGCGAUCCUGGCUCCAGUUGUUGAGACAACGAUGGACGACAUGGAUGCCAUGCGUCCUCGCACUGCCAGCUACAUUCGCUCCAGUGAGAGCUACACACACAUGGGUACGCUGCCACGGCUACUGAUGAAGAGGAGAGACAAGAGCAAUAAAGGAGGCCCCAGCAGCAAUAAGAAGAGUAAAGACAAGAGCAGCAUCAGCAGAAGUCAAAGCCAGAGACCUUUACGGGACCGAGACUGUAGCCCCUCGAGGCUCACAGGCGUCAGAUCUAAAGCGGCUGGGGAUGAAGCUGGAGCUAAAGCUGACACGGUGCUCGGAAAAGACUCUCUCACUGAUCCCAAGACCCAGCCUGAACCUAUAGGUGAAACUAAUGUCACAAACACCCAAAACAUCAUGUCUGCAAUGUCACCAUCUGGUGGCUCAAGUGCUGCACUCCAACCAGAGACUUGUGACAAGCAGAACAUCACCCAGGCAGGUGCAGACUGGAACCCUGAGGAGACUUCAUCACCUCCACCCAGCCGGGGGAAUGAUCAGAUUAAUGAGGAUGAAUGGUUGGAGUCCAGGCCUGUAUCUGAACCUAAGGAGGAGGCAGAGAGCAGACAGCUGACAGCAGGAGCGGCCAAAGGAAACCAGAACUCUGACAGCAUUUACUGCUACAUGGAGCCAGCAGGGAGCCGGGCGGAAUAUGUGCAGUUCUCCAAGGAGAAGUACCUGCUGGAGUCUCCUCCUGAGAAACUUCGGAAGGAGCUGGAGGAGGAGCUGAAACUGAGCGCUGCUGACAUCAGGAGCCAUGGCUGGUACCAUGGACACAUACCCAGAGAGGUGUCAGAGACUCUGGUUGUACGUAAUGGGGAUUUCCUCGUGCGUGACUCUCUGACCAGUGUGGGUGACUAUGUACUGACCUGUCGAUGGGAUAAUGAGGUGCUGCACUUCAAAAUCAGCAAAGUCCUGGUCAAAUCCAAUGAGACCAAGGUGCAGUAUAUGUUGGAGUCCGACAGCUUCGACUCGGUCCAGGAGCUUGUGAGGUUUUACGUGGGCCAGCGCAAACUGGUCUCCCAGUCCAGCGGAGUCCACAUCUACUGUCCAGUCAGCAGGACGCUCCCCCUGCGCUACCUGGAGGCCACCUUUGCUCUGGCCUGCAGCAAGCAAGGCUCCGCCUACUCACCGUCCAGUCAGAGGGGAGCGUACAUCAAGAGACGGAGCGUCACCAUGACCGAUGGGCUGACGACUGAGAAGAUGAUACCUCACAGUGACUCAGACAGUCCCAGUCCAGUUAAGACACCAGUGGCACCACCAGAACCAGAGCCGGAACUUGGGCCCAACUGCAGCCCGUCGACAAUCCACCACCAUAAGGACGCGAUGCGGAACUGUGCGAUGAGCAUGGACCAGAUUCAGGAGUUUCGCUGCCCCUUGUCACCUGUUGAGGAAACCCCACUGAGUCCUGCAUAUAGUGCUAUCACCAGGCAGAGAGCCCACUCAGGCGGGCGGGUCCUGGCUGUCGUCCCACCCUCCCCUGUGAUGCGUCGUUCCAGCGACCCUCAGGUCAGCCCCUCAGCCAGUAACAACCCGCCAGAGCAUCCCGCGCAUACCUCUCACUCGGCACACUCCACACCCGCCCAUCAUCCCAGCUACCAAUCACAUUGCUCAGAUACAGCAGGGAGCUACUGUGACCUCAGACCUUGCCCUGCUGGGCCCCCUAAACCUCCAACUAAGAGCUACGUGGAGCGAUUGCGAGUGGAAGAAGGGAGGGAGGACGUAGCAAGGGAGGAAGGAGAGGGGAUGUUCAGCGCCCCACAAGUGGAGACUGCGUCCUCGUUUAGGCCAUCCAGGUACGAGUCUUGCCUUAUGCCAGCUGAGAAUAAGCCUCUAGAGAUGUCUGUGCUGAAGAGAGUCAAAGAGCUGCUGGCUGAGGUGGAUGCAAGGACUGCAGCUAAACACAUCACCAUGGUGGACUGCACGGUGGCUAGAAUAUUAGGUGUAACGUCAGACAUGCAAAGGAUGAUGGGAGUGUCCUCAGGGUUGGAGUUACUGACACUACCACAUGGACACCAGCUACGACUUGACCUACUGGAGAGGUUUUAUACCAUGUCUAUCAUGAUGGCGGUGGACCUGCUGGGUUGUACAGGAAGCACAGAGGAGAGGGCGGCCCUGCUCCACAAGACCAUCCAAUUGGCAGCAGAGUUGAAAAGCAACCUGGGCAACAUGUUUGGCUUUGCUGCUGUGAUGAGAGCGCUGGAGCUGCCACAAAUUUCGCGCCUGGAGCAGACGUGGAUAACGUUACGCCAGAGACACACAGAGGGCGCUAUUCUUUAUGAGAAGAAGCUCAAACCUUUCAUGAAGAAUAUGAACGAUGGCAAAGAGUUGAAUGCCCUGUCCAACACCUCCCUCCCCCACAUCAUUCCCGUCCUCUCCUUAUUGGAGCGGGGUAUGGCUGUAGGGGAGGCGCUGGAGCCCUGGGAGAGUGCAGAGGUUGGCGUAGACGUGGUCAUGUACCACCUAGAGGCAGCUCGUACCAUUGCACAUCACGGGGGGAUCUAUAGAACCAACACUGAGACCAAACUGCAGGGAUUCCAGGAGCGAGCAGAAAUACACGAGAUCUUCCAGACAGAGUUUCAGAUGCGUCUCCUGUGGGGCAGCCGCGGCUCUGAGGGCAGCCAAUCAGAGCGUUACGAGAAGUUCGACAAGGUCCUCACCGCUCUGUCACACAAGCUUGAGCCUCCUGUGCGCCAUAGCGAGCUAUAGCACCUGCCCUAACACCCAACAUCGCCAAACCCCCCCCCCAUCUGUACUCACCACUCAUUGUGGUAUGGUCUUGUUUUGCAUCGCAAAGGAUGACGUGGAAGAGUCCAGCGCAAACACUGGGAGGGGGGAGAGUGAAUGAAGAGGCAGCUAACAGAGCAUGUGCAGUGAGCAAUAUUGAAAAGAGGGUCUCACUUAUAACGUGUGUUGCACUCACUGUGGACUUCUCCUUCUGGUCCUCCCUGUGGACUUCCUCACUUAUCGUAAAAUAUUUAAAUGGCGUCUGAGAGGAGACAAGCUAAGUGGAAAAGAAGAUGGGGGAGAUGGGUGACCAGCUCCUCUGCCUGGUACAAACCGUAAUGUGUACGGUGUGUCCUGAGGGCCAAACAGAGCUGCAGAGUUUUGCUUUGCUCCAAUAAAACACAGACUCUCUCUUA